AUGCCACCUUUCAGAAGGAAAAAGGCUGCCAAAUCCUUCCCGGUUAAAGUGUGCACAUUAGAUGCGGAGUUGGAGUUCAACCUUGAGUGGCGAGCUACUGGCCGCGACCUAUUCGACCUUGUAUGCAGAACUAUUGGUUUGCGGGAAACAUGGUUCUUUGGUUUGCAAUUCGAAGACACAAAACAUUUUAUAAGUUGGCUGAAGUUGGAUAAGAGAGUACAAGACCAAUGUGUAUCUCAAAUGCCCGGUACACCCUUCAUGUUGCUAUGCAAGCUGUAUCCAGAGGAUGUGGCAGAGGAGCUGAUCCAGGAGGUGACGCAGCACCUGCUGUUUCUGCAAGUGAAGCAGGCAAUCCUCAGCAUGGACAUCUACUGCCCACCUGAAGCAUCAGUGCUCUUAGCAAGUUAUGCGGUGCAGGCUAAGUACGGCGACUACGACGAGAGCGCGUACAAGCCGGGAAUGCUGGCCAGCGAGGACCUGCUCCCGCAACGUGUCAUCGAUCAGUACCAGAUGACGCCUGAGAUGUGGGAGGACCGCAUUAAGAUUUGGUACGCCGACCACAAAGGCAUGUCACGGGACGAAGCCGAGAUGGAAUACCUGAAGAUCGCACAGGAUUUGGACAUGUACGGAGUCAACUACUUUGCCAUUAAAAACAAAAAAGAUACCGAAUUAUACCUCGGAGUGACGGCUCUCGGAUUAAAUAUAUACGAGAAAGACAACAAACUGACGCCGAAGACGACGUUUCCGUGGUCAGAGAUCAAGCACAUAUCGUUCGACGACAAGAAGUUCGUGAUCAAGUUUGUGGACAAGUCCGUUAAUAACUUCAUAUUCUUCUCGCCUAAGGGUAUGAACAAAUUGAUACUCGACCUGUGUAUAGGAAACCAUGAUUUAUACAUGAGGAGACGGAAACCAGACACAAUGGAAGUGCAGCAAAUGAAGGCACAAGCCAAAGAAGAGAAACAGCGUCGUCAGAUCGAGCGCAACAAGUUGUCCCGCGAGAAGCAGCUGCGCGAGGCGGCCGAGCGCGAGCGCGCCGCCAUGGAGCAGCGCCUGCUGCAGUACCAGGAGGAGAUCCGCCUCGCCAACGACGCGCUCCGUCGUUCAGAAGAGACGGCGGAACUCCUCGCGGAGAAAGGUCGUGUGGCGGAGGAGGAGGCUUCCCUACUCGCACAGAAGGCGGCUGAUGCGGAGAGAGAGAACGCACGGCUGAGGCUAUCCGCUAUCAAGACUGAGGAGGAGAAGGUGCACUUAGAGCGUAAGACUCGUGAAGCCGAGUACCUCACGGCGCGGUUGGUGGAGGAAUCCGAGAAGCGAGCAGCCGAGGCAGAGCGGCUGAAGGCGGAGCUCGUCGCCGCCAAGGUCGCAGAGAAACAGGCCAAGGAGAAACUACUCAACUUCCUCAGCAGGACAUCAACUGGGUCACUGCCUCCUUCGUCGGCGGUGUCGUCGAGUCCGUUCCCGUCGACGUGCUCGCUGCCGGCGGAGCUGGGCGUGGAGGGCGCGGAAGGCGAGCUGCGCCACGACCUGCGCCACGAGCUGCGACACGAACCGCUCAACGGCACCGCGCCCGAGCCCGAGCUCAACUCCUACCAGCUCGUGCCCGACGAUUCCGACCCGCACAUACACAGGCUCUCUCUGGAGAUCGAGAAGGAGAGGGUGGAGUACCUGGCCAAGUCGAAGCACCUGCAGCAACAGCUGGACGAGUUGAGGUGCGAGUUCACGUCGCUGCGCGUGGACGCGGGCGCGGGCGCGGGCGCGGCGGCCGGCGUGGGCAGCGGCGCCACGCUGCAGCGCCUCGAGCGCCUGCACCGCGCGCAGCACUCCGCCGGCGACAACAAGUACUCCACGCUGCGGAGACUCAAGCAGGGCUCUACGCACACUCGCGUCGCCUUCUACGAGGAACUCUGACCGCACACACACAUGCGCUGUUGCCUUGUGCAGAUCAGCUGAAUGGUCGAUAUCGAUAACUCACACAAAAAUGUGCGCUCGCUACUGCGUCGUGCCGAUAUCGAUACUUAUGCGCAUGCGCUGCUAUCACGUGUCAAUCAACGAGUCGGAUCUGUUUAAUGAACUAAUCCGAUAAGUGUCGUCUCUUGUCGAUCUAAAUAUAGCCAUGACAAUGUAAGGACACUACAGCUAUCCCCAUCACCAGUUAUCAUGUCGUUAAUAGCGAUGUAUGGAAAAAUUAUUCAGAACAAAUUACCUAGUUUAUGACAAGUAAUAUGUUCUUGAAUUUGACAAAGUUACAGAUAAAUAUCAAAAUAAAAACUUGUCUGGCCUUACAAGGUCGAUUACUUCGCGGCUCUUUAAUUUUCAAUAGAGAAGACAACUUAUGAAAAUAUUUUGUUUGCAAUAAAUUAUAUCAAUUUUUUGUAUUUUUAAAAAGGCAUGCUAUAUCUUUGGGUUAGCUCAUUAAAAACAACCGCACUGAGGCCUCGGUAAGUUUUGAAUUCUAUCUAAAACAUUUUAGGUUUUUUAAUCACACCAUUGUGUUCUUUUUGAAAAUUUUAAAAACACGUACUAGGAUGUAAGUGAAAAUUUGUUCAAGCGAUCUGAGGGACAAACACAGAAUGCGCACAUGUUACUGAAAUUUCUAUAUCUGAGAUGUUCUGCCGAAUAAUUUAAAACAAUCGUGAUCAGUACUUUUUAAAGAUACUGCGGAACGUAAAGUAGGUAAAUACUGACAUUAUUUUCACCGUUUAAUAAUCGAUCUCUUCUUUUUUACCUUGGUAUGGCCAACUGUUUAAACUAGAACAGACUAAUACAAGUAAUGGCGACAAUCGAGAUUCGUUCUUUGUCUCAACUGAUUUUGAAAACUAACUCAUUGAAACGAUAUUAUGAUGGAUUCUCACCUUAUAUCAUGUAUGGUGAUUGCCAGCCUGUCGCUCGGUAUAUUAUAUAUGUUUUGACUCUAAGACUUUUCACAUCUUUCCACACAACUGUUAAGAUCUACACUAUCUAAGUUAUACCUACCUGAUUUAUAAAUGACUGCAAUUUUCCAAAUUGUGUGAAAACAAAAGAUAAAACAGAAUUUUAGACUAUACAAAGUUAAAGGCUGUUGGAAUUGUAAGGCCUCCACCAAAGUCAACACGCGGUGGCUAGUGCAAGUGCAGGCGCCGUGGAAGGUGCGUCUAUAUCAUUGAUUCUCAAAGUAGUCCAGGUGGACACUCAGGAGUCCACGGGAGACUUGAAGGGUGUCUACGUUCGUGUGGCCGAAAAAUGGGGGUACACAAGUUGUAACUAGUUGUAAUUUACCUGGUUUGAUAUUAAAGUACUAAAAUGUUAGUUCGAUUUCAUCUAUCAAUGUAGGCUGAUAAUAUUGAUACGGGUCGUAAGAGCCACGGUGACCCCAACAUAAUCCUCCGCGAUGGCUGGGCGGUAGCAGUAAUGCAUUUUCUCUGCGAAACUUAAAAGAAGGUCCACCGGAGCCAGAAAAAUUUUGAAAGGGGUUUAUGAGUAAAAAAUGUUUGGGAAUCUUUGGUCUAUAUGGUCAUAGUGAGACGUAUGCUGUAGCGACUAGGCGACCAUUGGUCGCGUUCGCUAAUUGGGCCUGUAAGAGUGACUGCAUCAUCGUUUAAAAAUGAUGCACGCAUCUCUCUUCUUGCCGACGCGCUAAGCCGAACCUCAAAGUUGUCGUUCUGAGCAUUAGAGCUCUCGCUUUUCCAUGACAGCCAAAUUCUGAAAUCACAAUCGUAUGAACCGAAAUGUUGGUUUCAUAAGUUUCAGAUGUCUCGCCUGUGGGUGCCGCCGCACUAGCAGUUUGAUGGCAGUCUUAUUAUUCAACUUCUUUUCCUAUUCAUGAGAUGUUUUUAAAAUGUUCCUAGUGUAAAGCAUCGUGCCUUAUAUUAAUUAGUUAUCCAAAAUAUAAGUUAAACGAUCCAUAGAAAAUCAGGUCAAUUUGUAAUAUCGAAAACAUAAAGUAUUCGUUACUAAAAAUUAUUAAAUAUAUCACAUUAAUCAUAAUUUUAUUAACUACACAUUUAUUUAUGCAAAUUGCGUAGAUUUACGCCCGUAUUCAUAAACGUUAUUUAUCUAAUGACAGAGCAUUGCUGUGAUAACAAAUCUCAGUGUUGACGGCAUAUCAGCCUUCGCAAUGCGUAGACAUAGGGCCGUUGUGAUUGGCUAAUAUUGAGAUACAACUUUAAUCUAGUUAGCUGUCAGAUAAACAAAGCUGAACUAUAAUGAUUUCUUAUGUUUACGCGAAUGUUAGACAUUGAAAUAAAACUAAAAACUGAACUAACAGCAAGCUGUCAGAUAAACAAAGCUGAACUAACAGCAAGCAUUCAGAUAAACAAAGCUGAACUAACAGCAAGCUGUCAGAUAGACAAAGCUGAACAAACAGCAAGCUGUCAGAUAGACAAAGCUGAACAAAUAGCAAGCUGUCAGAUAGACAAAGCUGAGAAACAGAUUUGUUAUCAUGUUAUCUUAGAUAAAUAACGUUUAUAAAUACGGGCGUUAUAUUUUAUAAUAAUAUUUAUGUGGAUAUGAAAACAUAACACGAAAACUUAAAAAGAUAUAUUGGUUAUUUUAUAUUUUAUACAGAAGUCUGUAAUGAAGAGGUCUUUAAAGUUAUGUCUAGGUAAACAUAACUUUAAAAUGUCUUAACUAUGAGAAUAUGUGGGUCAAAUGCUUUCAAGAUUUUAUUUUUGUAAUCGUUACAACGAAGGUCGUUUUCAAUAAAGUAUCUCAAUUUUAUUCAUCGAUCCGAUAAACAAAUUAAUAUAAGUCAAUUGUAAGCAUGUCAAAAAAUACUUUAUUCUGAUUGGUCAAUUCUCGCAAUGGAUCGAAAAUGAUUGGGAUGGAUGAUUAAAAGCGGCGGUAGCCAACAUUAUUGUUGAUCUCUUGAAACAUUGGAUCAUAAUAUAAUUUAAGUGUGAAAUUCCGUCUGUGUUCUUUUGUCUUGACAAAUACAUCUAAAAUUAAACGUCAACUAAUUAGGUAGACUAAUUUUAAACUUGAUUGGCGCUGGAGUGAAGAGAGACACCGAGUAAAGAGGGACAUCCUUUUUUGAGGGCUUAGGCAUAAAGUUGUUAUCCAAAAUGAAAAUUAUAUUUUUAUAAUUUACUUUUUUAUAAAUCUUAUUGAAUUAUUUUUAAGUAAAUAAUUAAAUUGGUUCCGAUGGAUGCUUUUAUAACAGCAGCAUUAGCUAAUUUAAUAGUAGAACCAGAAAAGUCUGCACAAAUCGAUGGCUCCUAAGUAAAGUAUCGUAUCUGGAAAAAUUGCGAGAUUCACAUUUUAGCGUUUCGUUACCUAGGUACUGUUUACUACCAAACCUAAUUAAAUCAAAAGUUAAUAAACGAAAAAACACUUCAUUAACAAUCAUUUACUAACUUUUUUUAAUGUGUUUCGGCAGUAAAUUUUAUCUACAUAACGAAACGUUAAAAAAGUAAAUAUCGCUAUUUUUGCAGCUACGUCAGUUUACUUAGGAGCCAUCGAAAUAUAAAGAACUACGUUAUUUGUGCUUUUUGCCAUUGUCGACAUAAUUGAAACCAUUUGCAUUGUGACAAAUAUAGCGUGCCAUUAUCUUGUGAAAAAAUAUAAAACGACGCUAUUACCAAUUUUAAGGUUAUAUAUUACACAGACGUUAGAUUUGUGAACAUAUCAUGGGACGGGCUCUCAAUACGUAAUUGCGUGUCUAUUAAGCGAUUUUUUGUGUUCAAACUGAAGGUGAUUUAUUUUCUUACGUUGUUCCCUUAGGCUACUUUAAUAUUAUCAACAGUACAUGUCCCUCGACUAAGAAGCACUUAUGUAACAUAAUGUUAUAUAUUUAAGUAUUUUUUGUAGGUAGUAUCUUCUAAUUACCUACACAGGCGUCUGUAAACCCACUCAGAUCGCAUAUUUAAUCACCAUUGAUGAUAUUAAUUACCACUGAUAUUCUUAUGCGAAUAUACUAAAAAAAUCAAGUAAAUAUAUUCCACUUGUACCCUACAAUAAGGGUUCGAUACGAACCGAGCUAGUCGAGGUCCCGAAGAGCUAUAAUUCAAAACCUUAGCAAAUCGAUUCUUUCAUAUAUUCUAGCUCAAUGCUACAUAUAAAACACUAUUGCGUUAAACAAUACAAGAUCUGCGUAGGUGAAUUUUUCUAUUUGUACGCAUAGUUAACUAUUUUUUUCUUGUUGUUUUUUGUAUGGACUGAGGUACUGACACCACACAUAUAGGCCACUUUUACAUUAGCGCAACCGGAGCGUGUUUCAAGUUAUAUUCGACACGAAUGUACGAACGAUUAAGAUUUAUGUGGCGGCUGCAGAGUUCAUUUUGGUUCCUAUAUUUUAAUAUUUUGUUUAUAGUGUCGAGCGCAUAUUGCAUAUAAUGUAUAUGUUUUUGUAAGAAAAUUAGCAAAAUGUUGUAUAUUAUAAUGAAAUUCGAUUAAAAUUUGCUGUUAAUGAAUAGUUUAUACAGAACAUUAUUAUGGAAAAGCGGCGUUUAGAAGAACAAUAAAUACGAUUGUAUACGUCAACAUCGUAACUUGAGCAUAAUUUGUUAAAUUCGGUGUCGUUGGUAUGUACCUCGAUGUUCCAGUAACUACCCGACCAUUCUGUAACGUACCUUUAUUUUAUUAGUUUUACGCAUAUUUAUGUCAGCUUUUAGAUAGUCUUAAUUAAUAUUCUCCGAUUAUGCGAAUUGGAUCGUAUUUUACCCCCAUGAGUCCAGAUUCUGCAUUAAUAGAGAAAGAAGUCGCAAAAUAUUUUUAUUACAAUUAUGGAGUAAUAAUACAGACAUGGAUUUUAAACUGGUAUUUUUAUAUAAAUAAUUCCGAUCCGUUUUAAUCCGACAUGAGCCAUAUCUCCCGUGACACUAGUCUAAAUCCGUGUCUGACUUUUUCAGCUUUAAGACUUGUGCACUAUUAGAAUCUUGGCUAAGGUAAAAUAAUGGUGCUUAGUGUUAUAUGUACGGCUAUAGCCAAAUAAUUCUGAUAUAGCAAUAAAGUUGAAUAUCACAUAAUAUCGUGAAGUGUACAAUGUCUUUAAAACGUAGGUAAAAAAAGGUAAAUAGUUGAUGCUAUAAGCAGGGAAAGUGUUAUUAUUUGGAAUAAUGUAAAAAUGUUGUAGUUCCAAAAAUAUUAAAACUCUUUUAACAUACUUUUUAUAUAGUUGUAUGUAGUUAUCGGUUUUAUUAUAACUUGCUUAAUAGGGGUCAAGACCCCCACAAUUCUCAAAAACACAUUAGUACGUUUUUAUUGCCAAUAUUUUGAAAUUGGUAGUAAUAUUUUGCUUGCUUUUAGCAUUCAACCUUAGAUAUAGUGGACAAUAAUUAUUCACUGGUUAACAAUCAUAUUUUUCUCUAAAAUUUUAUAAUUAGGUGCACCAGCCGUAAAAACUAAUUCUAAGUAAAUGCUACAUUUUUCAAGUAGCUGUUUUUGCAGACGUACCCUCGCUGACCACAAAAAUUAAGUCAACUAAGUAUGUAUCUAAAAUCUAGAUUAUGUAGGUACUCAUCGAGUCGUAACUUAACAAAAGUUAAUGCAAUGUUUCAAGUUUUAAAACGUUCAAACAUAGUAGUUGUUAUUGAAUAAAUGUUGCUACUUUCGAAUGCAGCGUAUUCGAAAUUUGAAUAAAUACAAAAGAGGAAAUAUUUUGUUGACCAGUGAAAAUAAGUACAGAGCGUGACGCUCAACACUAUGUGAUAAGUACGAACACGUGUACCGUAUGUAUGUGCCUUGUAACUUUUAUAUAAGACGAUAUAUUUUGUAAAUAUAUUCAAUAUUUAUAUGAAA